GGGGCGGUCACGUGUGUACACAGGCCCGCGCGGUGCGCGCGAGAGCCCCGCGCCUCCGACCCGCGUCCCCCGGCGGCCAGCGCGGCCCGCGCCCAGGAGCGCUCCCGCCACCGCCAUGUGGAGCUGUGGCCCGUUCAACGGCACGGGCCAGGCCGAGGACCUGGCGUGCCAGCACCUGCCGCUGGCGCUGUCGGUGCUGUCGCUGCUGUACCUGGUGGUGGGCUGCCCCCUGGGCCUGGGCUACAACGCCCUGCUGCUGCUGGCCAACCUCAGCGACGCACGUGCCAUGGCCAUGCCUGACGUCUACUUCACCAACCUGGCCGCGGCCGGCCUCGUGCUCAGCGCGCUGGCGCCCGUGCAGCUGCUGGGCUCAGCUGCCGCGGGCUGGGCGCGCUGGGGGCUGAGCCGUGAAGCCCAUGUCACGCUGCUGCUGCUGUUCCACGUGUGCGCGCUGGUGAGCACCUACUCCACGGCGCUGCUCAGCCUGGACUGCUGCAUCGAGCGGGCCCUGCCCCGCACCUACAUGGCCAGCGCCUACAACACCAGGCACGUGUGUGGCUUCGUGUGGGGCGGCGCUCUGCUCACCAGCUUCUCCUCGCUGCUGCUCUACGUGUGCAGCCACGUGGCAGCCCGGGUGGCCGAGUGCACACGGCUGCAGGACACGGCGGCAGCCGAUGCCAUCCUGGUGGUUGUUGGCUAUCUGGUGCCCGCCCUGGCCGUGCUCUAUGCGCUGGCGCUCAGCAUCCGGCUGCGCAAGGAGGACACUCCACUGGACCUCGAAGCCACACGCCUGGACCCCUCGGUGCACCGGCUCGUGGUGGCCACCGUAUGUACACAGUUUGGCCUCUGGACGCCCUACUACCUAAGCCUCCUGGGCCACUCGCUGCUGGCCUCCAGAGACAAGCCUGCAGAGAGCCAGGGCCUGGGGCUGCUGGUCCUGGCCAAGGACGCGGCCCGGUGCCUGGCCUUCGCCAGCAGCUCCAUCACACCGCUGCUCUACCGCGGCCUCAGCAGCCAGUUCCCUGGCAAGCUUCAGCGGCUGGGCAGGAGGCUGCGCUGUGGCCUCUGGCACUGCCCCCCAGACCCUGCAGGAGGGCAGCAGGCAGCACCUUAAAUGCAGGCCCCUGGCAGCACUGCACAGGAGGUUCCUGUCAGGACCCCACGGCCAGCUGGGCACCAGCAGCCUCCUGCACCCUGGUCUUUCUCAGGAUGCCCUGAGCUGCCAUCGCUGGACACUACCCACCCAGAACACUACGCACGCACCCCCCCACCCGCACGUGUGCAAGCAGGAGCUGCCAGCAUCCCGUGUACUCUUGUGACCCCCCAUCCCCAGGUGGAGAGAGUCUGCAGAAAUGGACCCCCACAGGGGGAGCAGGUGUGUGCGGAGCCGGGGCUGUCCCCACAUCAGCAGGUCCCGAAUAAAUG